UCGCCUUGCGACGCGUCGCAGUCACUGUCUCUGUCUCCGUCUACGUCUACGUCUCAGUUGAGUCUCAGUCGCUGUGCUGGCGACGCGCGUCGUUUUGUGGGUUCGUUACAAAUCGAUUUCAAUAAGUUUGUCAGUGUUUGUCGGGAAAAGGCGACGCACAGACGUUAGCAGACGUUGUUCGAGAGCGCAUCGCAAAGCAAAGCAACGCAACGCAACGCGUACGAAAAUAUUUUUUGGGCGCGCAGAAGAAAGUUGAGUUCGCUUCAUUUCGUUCGUUUCGUUUGUUCUGGCAAAAAGCAAGUGUAUCCGUGUGUGUGUGUGUGUGUGUACGGGAGUGUAUUAGUGUGCGCGGGGUGGAGUGCGAAGCGAAGAUGCGAUAAACAGCAGCAGCCCACUGUUGUUAUUGUGUUUGCUAAACAAAUAAAGGAAAAACAAAUACAAAUACAAAUACAAAAUUCAAACACAAACAUCAUGUACAAGGAGAAACGAAAACGGCUUCAAUAAUAAUAAUUAUCAACAUCAUCAUCGUCAUAUUUCGAAUGUGGAAUACAAGAAAUGUGAAUUAAAUGCUGUAAAAACAACGAAAGCGAACAAAAAAUGCAGCGUAAAUUACCAAGGAUCAAAUGAAAAGAUGCUGAUUGAAUGCAUUUCGCAGGACAUUCCUUGAAAUCUACAAAGAAAACUAAAUAAAUAAAGCACACAGAGAGAGCAAGAGACAAGAAAAGUUAGAGAAAGCAAAAGUUAAGAGUUAAUUAGCCAAUGAACUACAAUACAGAGAACGUUGUAGCCGCAGCCGCAGCAGCCAGCCAACAUCAUCAUCGUCAUCAUCAUCAUCCGUAUCAUCAGGAGCCACAUCAUCAACACAUUAUUCCACUGCCCAGUUAUUCCUCCAGCCAGGCAGCGUCCGGCAGCGGAGGGGGAAGCGGAAGUGGAGGCGGAGUGGGAGGAGGCGACAGUUCACCGAAAAACAUGGAAUGGACUAAUGAUGAUGCGUUGGAGCUCAUUGAACAGUAUCGCUGCCACACAGAGCUCUGGAAUCGUGCCGAUCCCAAGUACAAGGAUAAAUUGUGUCGAUUUCGCGCUUGGUCCGAGAUCGCGGAUCGUUUUGGCUGCAGCAAAGCGGAAGUGGAGCGCAAAAUGAAUGUCCUGCUCACGCAAUACAGACGCGAGAAGCACAAAAUGUUUGUGAAAAUCUAUCAGGGCAUUCAGCCCAAUCCGUCCAAGUGGUAUGCGUUCAAACGCUUCGACUUCAUGGAAGCCGGCGGUGGCAGUUUGAGUGGGUUACCCAACAGCGGUGCCGUUGCCAAUUCCUCCAUCACCUCAUCCGCCACAUCAUCGGUCAGCCACAAUGGUCUCAAUGGCCUUGCCGCUGCUGCCGUUGCCGCCGCUGCCUACGAGAGCAGCACGAUUGCAGCGGCAGCGAAUGGAGGCGCCCCAGGUGGCAUCGCAGGUGGAGGAGGGGGAGGAGGAGGUCCUGGUUUGAGUACAACUGGAGGAACAACGCCCGCAUCGCACCACAGACGCAUCAAGACCAAAGAGCUCAAAUAUUUUGGAGCGAUGGCCCUCAACAUACCCAUGCUGAUAGCGAGCGGACAAACGCUGGACAACUGGAACACGGCGGGCCAAUACUCGCCGCCGAUAGGCAGCGCAGGGGGCGUGUCCAACUCCCAGCAGCAGCAGCAGCAACUGCGGGUGCCAUUAUCCUACGGAGGAGGAGGCGGAGCAGCGACGCCUUAUCCAGGAGGAGGGGGCGGAGGGGGAAGUAGCAGCAGCGAGUUUCAGCCAAGUCCGCACAAGACGAUCGACACCUCGGACAACGAGGACAACAACAACAGGGACGAAGCAACCGCUGCAGCACUCGGACAAUUGGCUGCCAAAGUGGAGCGACGCACUCCGUCGGGACUUGCAGCCCCUGGAGGCGGCAGCUUAGACGUGGGCGUGGCCGUUGAACCAGGCGGAGAAACGGUGUCAGUUCCAACGGCAGCUGUUGCUGGUGGAUCCCACAGCGAAGGCGGCUCGAGUCCCAUACCCAAUACGAAUGCGAAUCCCAAUGGCGGCAGGACAACACCAACAACGAAUAUGCACGAGGCGCACAAACAGCAGCAUCCGCAUUCGCAUCCGCAUCAUCAUCUGCAUUCGCAUCUGCUGCAAACAAGUCCUGUGUCCGUUCGGGCUGCAACUCCGAGGCAAGCUCACGAACAGUUGCCGCAUCAUCAUCAUGCACCUCACGGACAUCAUGCCGAUGAGCUGGACAUUAAGCAGGAGUUGGUGGAUUACUUCCAUGGCACAUCCGCAGCAGGAGCGGGAGUGGGAGCGGGACAACAAGCGGGACCGCCUCCGUUGCCGCUGGACUCGCAGCGUUCGUACAGUUCGGCGGGUGAGGAGAGUCGCAGUCUGCAGCUGGACAUGGCCCAGGAUUUGCGUGUAGCCCAGGCCAAGGCGCAGGUCAACUUCGGUGGCUUUGUCCUCCCCCCUCGCAGCACUAGCGCUCAACUAGCGGCGGCUGCUGCGAAUAUGCCGCUGAAUAUGCGCAAACUGAGCUCCAAUGCCGGUCAGCUGUUGAUGAGCUCGCUGAUGGGGUCGAGGGAAAGCAUGUCCGAGGAUGGCGAGGCGGACAACGAUGAGGCAACCGAGUCCGCAGCGAGUCCUGGACACAUCAAGAGCAGCGUCUCCGCUCAGGAUGCCAGCUCAGCGGUCCAGGCUGCGGCUGCUCUGUAUGCGGAGAGUUUGAGUCGCGACGAUUGCGAUUUUGUGGGAUCGAAUGUGUCGAUGAAGCUGCGGACAAUGGAUCGCACACAGCGCAUCAUUGCCGAGAAGCUGAUCAGUGAGGUUCUCUACUUUGGGCAAUUCAAUGAGUUGGAGCGCACCGCGCGUAUUCAGCCCAAGUGACAGUGGCGCCUGAAGAAGUGGCCAAGAGUGGGCGUGGAUCUAAAGCAAGAGGAGGGAGUGGCAGUGGGGAUGACGGCACAGCGAGCAGCGGGUUUAACGCUCGCUUGGCACAUGGCAAACACAACUAGACGCAACGAAAUUCCAUUGUAGAAAACGAAAGCAAAGCAAAGCAAAUCAGUACAAUUUACUUUUAGUCCAUUUCUUGGGGUGCAGGGGCAAAGUUACUUAGAUGAAGAGGAGGGAAGGAGGGUCACACAAACAUACAGUUCACUAACCAAAACAGCAAUCAAAGAAUUAAAUACUUAACAACCUUCAAUAUUAAGUAGAGAUGCGAGGGGGGGCCUGAGACACAUCUAUAAAGCUGAACAGAAUCUCAGUAUUAGUUCAUAAAAUACAGCAACAACCACAUACAACAAAAUAGCAACAAUACAACAUAAACAUAGUUAAAUUAGUUAAAAAAUACUUUACAGGGAAGUAAAGAAGAGUUCUACGUCUACUUCUUGGUCGCUUCAUAGAAAAAAAGGCAAAAUGAGAACAAAAAAAAAAGGGAAAUCAAAAAUCAAAACACGAAAGACAAAAAACGCCAAC